AUGGCGCAAAACAGCAAACCCCCCGGCCCAGACCAGUCACGCAACGAGUACAUCCCGUCCUUCAUCUCGAAACGACCCUUCUGGGCCGAAACGACCCCGGACGCCGACUACCUUGAACAUCAACGUCUGCAAAGCGCGCCGAAAGACACGCUCGACCAAGCGAAAUGGUACGAGCGCGGCAAGAAAGCGGGGCCGGCGGCGACGAAGUUCCGCAAAGGCGCCUGCGAGAACUGUGGCGCUAUGACACACAAGACGAAAGAAUGUCUCAGCCGGCCGAGGAAACUGGGAGCGCGCUGGACGGGGCGGGACAUUCAAGCAGACGAAGUGGUUGAGGACGUGCAGCUGGGAUGGGAUGCGAAGCGCGAUCGGUGGAACGGCUACGACCCUCGCGAAUACACCGCCGUGGUCAAGGAGUAUGAGGAGCUCGAAGCGCUGAAGCGGGCGACAGCAAAAUCCAAAGACGGGGACAAGACGCUGGAGAAUGGUGAUGUUGAUACUGAUGGGAUCAACGAAGAGACCGCAGAUUCCGACGCUCGAUACGGCGAAGAAACAGAUAUGGGCCGGUCGCAACCGACGUCAACACGACAGCUGCGACUGCGAGAAGACACAGCGAACUAUCUCCGCAACCUGGAUCUCGAUUCGGCGAAAUACAACCCCAAGACACGCACGAUGGACACGACGGCGCUGAAAGAGGCCGGCGAGAUGGACGCCGAGGAAGGCUUCAUCCGGUCCUCGGAUGAGGCGGCGGAAUUCGAACGCGCCCAGCGCUACGCCUGGGAGACGCAGGAGGCGGCGGCGGCCAAGGCCGGCACGAAGAAACUACAUCUACAGGCGAACCCGACGGAGGGAGAGAUCCUGCGCAAGAAACAGGCGCAGGAGGCCGCGGAGAAGAAGGCCGCGGCGCGCAAAGCCCUGCUGGAGAGAUACGGCGGCGACGAGUUCCUGAAACAGGAUCCGAUGAAGAAGGCUCGCCAGGUCUUCGAGAAUGAGAGGUAUGUCGAAUACGACGAGUCCGGACGCGUCAAGGGCGAAGCACGCCAGAUCGCCCGGUCCAAGUAUACAGAGGACGUGCUGGUCAAUAACCAUACCUCUGUCUGGGGGAGCUGGUGGCGCGAUUUCACUUGGGGGUAUGCUUGCUGCCAUUCCACCGUUAAGAAUAGUUACUGUACGGGCGAGUCUGGGCGCGUUGCCUUUGAAGAGGCCCAGGGGUUGAGAACGGGCCAGGCGCUGUUGCUUGAAGAUGACAAAUCGCAGGACAAGGAGACAGACCUGACGCGACGGAAGGUGGUCGCGGACGAGGACAGCAAAGCACAGUCGCGUAUUGAAGCCGUGGUCGGCGACGAGAAGGAAAGACUUCGUCUCGAGCAGACGGGUGAUGCACGCGAAGCUGAUGGGCACCAUGGCACAACUGAAGCAGGCUCCAAUGCCGCGACGACAGCAACGGCACACGCCAAGAAGCGUACACUGCAAGAACUCCAGUCCGGCAUUUCCGAGGAAGAGCUGGAGUCGUAUAAGCGGAAUCGCGUGGCCGCGGACGAUCCGAUGGCGGCAUUGCUUGGGAAGGAUGAGCUUGUUGAGUUGCAUUGA